AUGUUCCCUACUCGUGUUCUGAGGAUGCAGGCCUCUCGGCCUUUUGCUUUCCCUAUGCCCAAGCAGAACCACACCGGUAUGACAGGCCUCACGACUCACACCAUCUCUCAGCGUCUGCGGACCCUGAAGAGAGUCCCUCCAGAAUUGAUUCCCCUCGGUAUUGUCCUUAGUGUUGCCGUUGGAGCUGCUAUCUACUCUAGCACCCGCAAGCUCCUGACUGACAAGACUUUGCGUCUCUACCGCAAUAAGCCCGAGGACCGCGAACACUAA